AUUUGACAUUUGACUGAUUUGACAAUUUAGUGACAGCAGUGACAGCACGAGAUCAAAACUUCAGCUUUUUUAAAGAAAUUGUGUUUGUACGAAUGUACAGUUAAUUAACAAUAAACAAAUGCAAAAGAAUGUACUGCAGUAGCUAAAAUAUGGAAAUAUCUAACAAAUACUGCAUAUAUGUGGGAACUACUCGAGGAGUGCUACAGUGUAGCUAUUGUAAACCAGAUGAAAAAGUAGCUUACAGUGUUCCAGAACAACAGUCUGAAAUCACAGCUUUGGAAUGGGGGAGAUCUGAAGACGAAAUCAUUGUUGGUUAUAAAAACGAACAAGUACACCUCUACAACUUGAAUCAGAAUAAGUACACAAAAACAAUUAGUAAAUUAGAAGGUGAAGGCCCCAUUGCGGGUAUUGCUCCAGUAAACAAAUCAAUUCUAAUAGCAAAACAUGAUGGGAUUAUAACUCUUUGGAACGGGAAAAAGUCUGAUUACUUUUCUAUAAAUUUAGAAGAAAAAGGAACUCUUGAAGCUAUUAUUUAUAACAAGAAUAGAGAGGAUGUUGUGGGGACAGGAGGUGAAUGUAACGAUUUUAAGUUAUGGAAUCUUGAAACCAAGCAAUGUUUAUUCAAGGCUAAAUCCCUUGGUCAUGAUGAAUUGAAUUUACCCAUUCCAACAUCUAUUAAAGGACUAAUCAGCUUUUCAGAAAGUGAAAAACUGAAUGCUUGCUGCACAAAGGAAGGACAUGUUCUGCUUUACGAUGAACGAGCUCAGAGAAGGCCUGUUGUGAAAUUUCACGAGAAGAAAGCCUGUUAUACUUGCAUAGCAAGUGCUUUUCGGGAAAGGCAGUGUUUGGUGGGCACUACUAGGGGCUACAUGCAAUUACUAGACUUACGAGCUCCUGGGAAGUGUGUCAGAACAUUCACUACUUUUACUGGUAGUGUGACUAGCAUAGCUUGUGAUCCUCAAGAACCACUGGUAGCAACUACAAGUUUAGAUCGAUAUUUAAGGGUUCACCAUUUAGAAACUAAAGAGCUAGUUUACAAGGUUUACCUCAAACAAAAUUUAACAAAAGUAUUGAUGAAACCAUUAGUUAAGGAGGAACCAGAAGAAGUUCCUGAUGCACCAAUAGUUGAUGAAGAAUAUGAGGAAAUAUUCAGUAACAUGGAAGUUGUAACAGAUAAGAAAACAAAAAAGCACAAACAAAAGUCAUUAGUAGAAAGUGGGGUUAAAAAGAAAAAGAAGAAAACCCAGUCUUUGUAAAAACUUAUUUUUUUAAAUAAAGUUAAAUAUUCCAUUAAA